AUACUGUUAAUUACGACCGACCUUAAGCUAAAUAAACAAACCUUCUCAACCGAUUGGAGGGUUUUGGCGGGAGCGGGAAAGGGAAACCCGGAGUACGUCAUCAAGGGUUAUAAAGUAGUCUCUCCCUCCCAGUCACACUAGAACGGACGGAGAAGUUUUAUUAUUGUAAAGAAGGAAGAGAGAGAGAGGAAUGGCGCGAGUUGUAGAGAGCACACAGCCAUGGGUUGAGAAAUACCGGCCGAGGCAGGUGAAGGACGUGGCGCAUCAGGAGGAGGUGGUUCGUGUCCUCACCAACACUCUCGAGACUGCUAACUGUCCGCACAUGCUCUUUUAUGGACCGCCAGGAACCGGAAAGACCACUACUGCACUUGCUAUCGCACACCAACUAUUUGGCCCUGAAUUGUACAAGUCUAGGGUGUUGGAGCUGAAUGCUAGUGACGACAGAGGGAUUAAUGUUGUUCGCACAAAGAUCAAGGAUUUUGCUGCUGUUGCUGUUGGCUCCAACUACCGUCAAGGCGGUUACCCUUGCCCAUCGUUUAAGAUCAUCAUCCUAGAUGAGGCUGAUUCUAUGACGGAAGAUGCUCAGAACGCCUUGAGGCGCACAAUGGAAACUUACUCCAAAGUCACCAGAUUCUUUUUCAUAUGUAACUAUAUCAGCAGGAUCAUAGAGCCCCUAGCUUCAAGAUGUGCAAAGUUCAGGUUCAAACCACUUUCUGAAGAAGUCAUGAGUAACCGUAUAUUGCAUAUAUGUAAUGAAGAGGGUCUCAACCUUGGUGGAGAGGGUCUUUCAACUUUGAGCUCCAUCUCACAAGGUGAUCUUCGUAGAGCCAUCACGUAUCUGCAGAGUGGCGCUCGAUUGUUUGGAUCAACAAUAACUUCUAGAGAUUUACUCGAUGUGUCUGGGGUAGUUCCUCUGGAGGUAGUAGAGAGAUUUUUUACAGCAUGCAAAAGUGGUGAUUUCGAUAUUGCAAACAAGGAAGUGGACAACAUAGUCGCAGAAGGAUAUCCUGCAUCUCAAAUCACCAAUCAGUUAUUUGAUAUAGUCGUUGAGGCUGGUGAUGACAUAACAGACAAUCAAAAGGCUAAGAUCUGCAAAUGUCUAGCUGAAACAGAUAAGCGACUUGUAGAUGGUGCGGAUGAGUAUCUGCAGCUUCUGGACGUAGCAAGCAAUACAAUUCGUGCACUCUCAGAAAUGGCUCAAGACUUCUGAAGCAAAUGACCGCCAAAUUCAAAGCUCUGCAUCUUGAUUUUCAUUUCUGUUCUGCUAGUGUUGAGUUUGCAACGUAUCUCUACCUUAUGAAUUGUCACAAUGGCACUUGUCGAGCUAUUAUUAUUAAAUGUGACAAAAAGAAAUGGUUUUUAUAA